GUGGACCCCUUCACCCAGACAACGACAACCAUUCACAACUCGAGCGCAUCGCGGCUUGGGUUCAAUCUUUUUCAGGACUUCGUUGCACCAGGUCGCAUUGUGUUUCUGAUCGGUGAUUUACUCUCACUGUCGUUAAGAGCCAGCAGAAAAAAUGGCAAACAUCGAGGAGUGGCUUGCCAACGCCAACGAGGCGAUUCAUAUCAGCCUGGUGUCUCCCUCCGAAUCUGGCCUUCAACAUCUGGCUACAUUUAACCCUCGACACACAUACUCGAUUUUUGGCGAGGAAGAACAGAUCUUUGGGUACAAAGAUCUUAAGGUCAGCCUGCGGUUUCGCGCGAACGACAUGCGACCGCACUUGAAGACAUCCUACAGCAAGAAAUUCAACCUUGAUGGAGGCCCUGAGCCUACUGAUGUGGCUGCUGUUCUUAAAGAAGGCAAUCAUUUGCCUAAAAUCGCCUUUGUCACAGGAAGCGAUUUCGAAGAGAGCUCCAAGCUAAUUGGCGAUAACUGGGUACCGCCUGGAACCCUCCAUGCGACCUUCGAUAGUCCUGAUGGCGAGUACGAAAUUUGGCGUGGAAACCUCGCCGAUCCAGCUAUCCAGCAACUCAACAGCCGCCUACAGAUAUUUGUUCCUCUUUUCAUCGAAGGCGGCACUUAUAUCGGCCAAGAUCCUGAGAUGGUCUCCACAGAGCUUGAUCUCUCUGAUGCCGAUCGAUGGACUUUCUUUGCCCUUUACCAGAAGCGAAAGGUGGCGGACAAGACCUCAUAUGUGUUUGUAGGCUACUCAACCAUCUACCGAUUUUACUAUUUCCAACCGCCCACGCCCCCAGCGUCGCCUCGAAGCGAUGAGUGGGAGCUGCCAAAUGGUGAGGUGGACCUCGCCGAGUUGCCCUCCCGAACAAGACUAUCUCAAUUCGUUAUUUUGCCCCCUUUCCAGGGCAAAGGUAACGGAGCACGACUCUACAAGACCAUCUUCGAGCACUACCAUAAGAUUUCACAGACGUAUGAGUUCACUGUGGAGGACCCAAAUGAAGCCUUCGAUGACUUGCGAGACAUCUGUGAUUUGCAAUUCCUCCGCACGAUGCCCGACUUCAAUGACCUGCGGCUUGAUACGAGCGUUACCCUUCCUAAGAAGGGAACUCUGCCAAAACUGAUUGUCGGUAGUGACAAGCUUGAGACUAUCCGACUUCAGGCUAAGAUUGCACCUCGCCAGUUCGGUCGAGUCCUAGAAAUGCAUCUCAUGUCUCAACUUCCCAAAUCAGUACGGCCGACAAUGGACAUUGAUGGAGACAAGCCAGAAGCUACACAGGCCGACAAGCUCCAGAGCAAGAUCUGGAGCUUGAUUGUUAAACAGCGACUGUACCGUCACAACAAAGAUGUCCUGUCUCAAAUCGAACCUCAUGAGCGCGUUGACAAGCUCGAUGAUACUCUGCAGGGUGUUGGACUAGAGUAUGCGCGUAUCCUCGCUGCCUUGGAACGUUCAGCGAAGCACUCUCAAAGCCAAUCAGUAGCGAAUGGCAAGCGAAAGAUAGGUGCAGAGGAGACCGAACAGGAUCCGGGUAGCAAGAAAGCUCGCGUUGAGGAUUCUUAGGUGUUAAUGUAUUUUAAUUUCUUGACGCUUAACCGAAUGAACGGAUUAGCUGGGCGUUGGGAAUAAUGGACGAAGGAAAAUGUACUAUCUUGUGUAUAAAUCAAACCAUUACACCUACAUGCAGUGAAACCAAG